AUGACCGCGGCGUCCUCCGUCCCCCCCGACGCCGACGCGCGCGUCGACGUCGCGCCCUCCGUCGUCGUCGCCUCGCGCGCGAAGCUCUCCGCGGGCGCGGCGUCGGGAUUGUCCCCCGAUUGCCUCGCCUACUGCGCGUCGCUGCGAGUCGUCGCGUUCCUCACCGGCGACGGCGUCGACGUCGCGUCCGUGUGUCCCUCCACGGACGAAGUCCUCGCGUCCUCGCGCGUCUCCGUGAAGUUCGCCGCCGCGGGGAACGGCAUCCGCGACGCGGACGUCGUCGCGGUCCAGUGGUCCGCGUGCGGACACGUGGCCAGGGGCGCGGCGACGCUCGUGGCGAGCGAUCGGCGCGUCGCCGCGUGCGCGGUCGUUCGGUUGACGGACGACGGGCGGCUGCUCGUCGAGGGCGUCGCCGCGAUGGAGGAGGCGCGCGUCGGCGGCGGCGGCGGCGGCGGCGACGACGGCGGCGGCGCUUCGUCGUCGUCGUCGUCGCUGCGGCAGAUGCGGACGUCGCCGAGUCGCGCCGUCGUCGCGAUUCUGUCGCGAUCUUCCGUCGCGAUACACGGCCUCCCGGGGGGCGUCCUGCUCGCGCGCGAGGACCUGCCCGCGAGCGCGGGGUCGCUCACGGCGUGCACGUGGCUCGACCCGGACGCGUGGGGCGCGCCGCGCGGCGCCGCGCUCGCGCUCGCGUUCCGCUCGGAGAUUCGGAUCGUCGGCUGGACCGCCGCAGCCGUCGCGCCGGACGGGGAAGACGGAACGUCAACCGACGCCGCCGCGGGGCCGUGGGGUCGACCGACGCUCUCGCGGCGCGUGCUUCCCGGCGCGGAGGGCGCGCUGCGGUCGCUGACGACGGACGCGCGCGGGAGGUGGCUGUUCGCGUCCAGCGAUCAGAAGAUCGUCGUCCCGACGGGCGGCGCGGCGGUGAACCAGGCGUACGUCGACGCCAAGGGGGGCACCGCGACGGAACGCGUCGCCGCGGCCGCGGCGGCGAAGAGAGCGCUUCUGAGCGCGGAGGAGCGCGGCGGCGACGCGGGGUCGGGCGGCGGCGGCGGCGACGACGCGAUGCCGUUCAUACGCGCGGGCGGCGGCGGCGGCGGCGGGAUCCCGCGGAGUCUGAUCCUCUCCGAAGUGCACGCGGCGGCGAAAGCGGCGUCGAUGUUCGCCGCCGCGAGCGAGGCGAAGACGCGGCACGCGGCCGUGCACGCGGUGCGCCUGAGAGGCGACGACGUGGACGUGUGCGCGGCGCACCUUCCGGAGACGAUCGGACGACCGGACGUCUUACUCGCCGACGACGGCGGCGGUUUCCCUACAGACAAAAAAGACGGCGCGACGAAGGAUUCCACCCAACGCGUCGUCGUCGUCGUCGGCAGCACCGUCGCCGCGGCGACGUUCGCGGUGCUCGAGCUGUUAGACGACGGCGGCGGCGGCGAUGCGAAUGCGAUGAAAUCGUCGAUGAAAAUUACAGGGACGGCGUCGCUGACCGAUCGACUGAAAGGAGGCGGAGGCGCGAAAGGAGGCGCGGAGAAGACGAUUCGGAUCAAGUCCGUCGCCGGAUGGCCGCACGGCGCGACGCGGCCGUCGUGUCCGGGGGGUUGGAUCCUCUCCUCGUCCGCGGACGCGGUCGGGAGAGGGUCGUUCACGUCCGCGGGGAACGCGCCGUGCGAGCUGUCGAUCGCGCACUUCUCGGUGCGUCGCGCGCCGCCGCCGCCGCCGUCGCCGACGGAGCUUCCGAAGACGCCCGCGCGGUCGCACGCCGUGGAAGUCGCGCCGACGCCGAUCGUCGGCGACGUCGCCGCGAGGCUCGCCGCGAUCGGAGUCACCCCCGGGUCGGACCUCGCGUCGGGGACGAGCGACGACGGCGACGGCGGCGACGACGACGACGGAAGCGGAGAGGCGUCCCCUUCGCCACCCGGCGCGGUGGCGAGAGAGCUCGCGCGAAUUCGCGCGCCCGGCUCGACGCCGCCGCGACCGUUUCCGGAUUUCGACCGCCGCGAGAUGGGCGUCGACGCGUUCAUCGAGCCACCAGAUGUGAUCGCGGGAGACGGAGAGCGCGGGAGAUUGGAGAGAACGGCGGCGGCGCCGAAGGCCCGACGCGAGGCGCCCGCGGCCGCGGCGGAGCCCGCGGCGGCGCCCGACGCGAGCUCCAUCCUGAGCGCGGUGCGAGCGCUCGGGACGAUGCUCGACGGGCGCAUGGACAAGAUCGAGGCCGCGAUGCAAGCGCACGAGCGGCGGUUGCGGAAGAUAGAGGCGUCCGUCGCGAGUCCAUCCGGAGGGAAAUAG